AGUUUUUCACGCGUUUUCUUCGUCUUUCAUUCGUUCAGAAAAUUUGCAAGUUUUUAAUUCUUAAUUUAUAAAGAAAUGGCGAAGAAAUUAUUUUUUUUGCAUAUAUUGUGUUAACUAAAAAGUUGUUUAAUAUUAAUAAUUCUUCGAAAAGUUACCAAGGAUUGAAUAUUUGUAGACGUGUCUUAUUCGAGUUGAACCAAAAAGCGUGAGUGUCUGCCGCUGUACUAGACUAAUUAAAGGUAUGGAAUUCCAACAACUUACACUACCACAAACAGAUGUCUCUCAACCGCCACCUCAAUUGACAGCACCGUCGGCGCUAGCAACAAAUGCAACAUUACUACCUUCACAAUCCGGAGGUGGAAGCUCAUAUGGCUCACAUCACCGUAAUCACUACCAUCCACAUCAUGGGGGUUCUGGAAAGCCAGGCCACCCAUAUUUUAAACCAUUCAACCCCGGCGGCUUUCAACGACCUUUUGGCAUGACGCAAGAUGAUUUUGAUGGCAAGCGUCUAAGGAAAAGUGUUAUGCGAAAAACCGUUGAUUACAAUGCUUCCAUUGUAAAAGCGUUAGAGACACGUCUUUGGACUCGUGACCAUCGUGAUCGGCACGCCCCACAACCCGAAAAUAUAUACGUGCCCGAACUUUUACCACCGUCCAGUUACUUGGAUAAUCCCUCAAAUGCAGUGACUACACGUUUUGUCAAAACUGCCACAAAUAAAAUGCGUUGCCCAAUUUUUACACUCGCUUGGACACCUGAAGGCAGACGUUUGGUGACAGGCGCCAGUUCAGGUGAAUUCACUUUAUGGAAUGGGUUGACAUUCAAUUUUGAAACUAUAUUGCAAGCUCAUGAUGUUCCAGUACGUACAAUGGUAUGGUCCCAUAAUGACAGCUGGAUGGUGACUGGUGAUCAUUCGGGCUACGUCAAGUAUUGGCAGUCAAAUAUGAAUAACGUGAAAAUGUUUCAGGCACACAAGGAGGCGAUUAGGGGAAUAAGCUUCAGUCCGACGGAUAGUAAAUUUGUGAGCUGCAGCGACGAUGGUACACUCCGAAUAUGGGAUUUUAUGCGCUGUCAGGAGGAGCGUGUCCUGCGAGGCCAUGGUGCAGAUGUUAAAUGUGUGCACUGGCACCCACAGAAGGGUCUGAUUGUGUCGGGCAGUAAGGAUAAUCAGCAGCCAAUAAAAUUGUGGGAUCCAAAGAGUGGUAGUGCGUUAGCUACACUGCAUGCGCACAAAUCGACUGUGAUGGAUUUGAAGUGGAAUGAUAAUGGCAAUUGGCUAGUUACCGCAUCCCGUGAUCAUUUGCUCAAACUUUUUGAUUUGCGUAAUUUACGUGAAGAGAUGCAAGUUUUUCGUGGCCACAAAAAGGAGGCCAGCUCCGUAUCGUGGCAUCCAAUACAUGAGGGUCUCUUCUGCUCAGGUGGCUCCGAUGGCUCUAUACUCUUCUGGAAUGUGGGUACCGAUAAGGAAAUUGGCUGUGUAGAGACCGCUCACGACAGUAUAGUCUGGACACUGGCUUGGCAUCCAUUGGGUCAUAUACUAUGCUCAGGCUCCAACGAUCACACGAUCAAGUUCUGGACACGAAAUCGCCCCGGUGAUUUGAUGCGUGAUAAGUAUAAUUUGAACACGUUGCCCGCGAGUUUGGCAGCAAUGGAUGAUUGCGAAUACGAUGAUGCUGUUAUUCCUGGUAUGGGUCCUGAGGACAAAGUUGAAUUUACGGAAAGUCUCACUGCCGACAAAGGCUUUAUUCCUGGUUUGGAUUUGGAUCCUUCUAGAAUGGGUGAUCGUGAUCGAGAGAAGAAAGUACCAUAUAGCAAACCUAUACCCCGAAACUUUCAAGCCCAAUGGGCUGGUUCACGUCGCCCUGACGAAAGUAGUUUUCAUGAUGAGCUGGCGAUGCGUGAGCCAAAAGACACUAGCGGUUUGUCACAUCAACAAAUUAGCGAGAGCACCAUUGAGGGAAUGUUGGCGAGUGGUGUGCUCACCACCAUGGAUCCACAAGCAAUUGUUGGACUGCUCGUUUAUAAUCGAUUCAUUCGUGUACAUCCGGACUCCCGUGUAAUGGUCGCCAUACGUCAGGGUCCUGAUUAUUUGAACAAAUAUAUUGACGCGGGUAAAUUGGACGAAUUGCGUGAUGUUGUGCCCAUUCGUGAUCGAUCGCGUUCAUUGUCACCUACCUUGGAGGGACGUGAAAGCUCACCACCAUCGAAACGAUCCCGGUUUGAACCGCGCCAGCAUAGUGCCCAACUUGUAACUGUGCGCGAACUGCUAAGUCUUAAGAAACCGUUUUUGCCUUGUCUACUACAGAUGAAGUCACAACAGGCACCACAAAAGUCCGAGUACGAAGAUGAUGUACGCGAUUCGCUUACCCCGCAAGCGCAACCGCAGCCGCAACAGCAACAGACUUAUCAGCAACAACCACAACACCAAUCGCCAAUGCAACAGCAACAGGGUCGGCCCAGUCCAUGGGCAGUGGGGCCGCCUUUCCAACAGCAGCAACAACAACCACAGAAUCCUUGGAGCACGUCGCCUAUGGGAAGUGGUUCGAGUUGUGGGCCGAACUUGGUGUCACCGCCUAAUCAAAACGGUUAUAAUGGUAACAAUGGUCCGUAUAAUGGUCCGAGUUUUAAUGAUAGCAUGAAUUACGGGGACAAUAUGUUCCCUAAGGGUGGUGGCGGUUCUGGCCCUGACGAAAACAAUGGUAUGCACAUGAGUAAUAUGAAUAUGAACAACAAUAUGGGUAACAACUAUGGAAACCAGCGUCGAGGCAAUCGACGUGGUGGUGGUGGAGGCGGUGGCCGUAAUCGCGGCGGACGAAAUAAUAAUAGGCGGUUUUAGGUGGUUAUAAAACAGCAAUAUGUACAUAUAUAUAAUGCACAUAUA